UGGCUGUGGGGCGGGCGUGAGUGUCCUGCCUGCCCUGGAACGACGCGCACGGUACCAACGGCUCCAAAAGCGGGGAGAUUGGGUCUUGUGAGCUGCUUUUCGACGGGAGGCGCUAGGACCCCGCGGGAAGAGGGGGCGGGACGGCGGGAGUGGAGCGGGAGGCACCAGGACCCGGAGGAACCGCGGCGGCGGGGCGGCAAGCAGGCCCCGGGGCCCCGAGGCUGCGGGCGGCGGCGCUGGGCCCGGCGCGGCGAGAGAGGCCCCGAGAUGCCGAGCAAGAAGAAGAAGUACAACGCGCGGUUCCCGCCGGCGCGGAUCAAGAAGAUCAUGCAGACGGAUGAAGAGAUUGGGAAGGUGGCCGCGGCUGUGCCCGUCAUCAUCUCCCGUGCGCUCGAGCUCUUUCUAGAGUCUCUGUUGAAGAAGGCCUGUCAGGUGACCCAGUCCCGGAAUGCCAAGACCAUGACCACAUCCCACCUGAAGCAGUGCAUUGAGCUGGAGCAACAGUUUGACUUCUUGAAAGACUUGGUGGCCUCAGUACCUGACAUGCAGGGGGAUGGCGAAGACAACCACAUGGAUGGGGACAAGGGUCCUCGUAGAUGGACUGUACCUUCCCGAAGGGGCCGGAAACCAGGCAGCAGCAGCAGGAAGAAUGGAGGAAUGGGAAGCAAAGGCAAAGACAAGAAGCUGUCUGGGACAGACUCAGAGCAGGAGGAUGAAUCAGAGGACACAGAUACUGAUGGGGAAGAAGAGACACCACAGCCCCCACCCCAAGCCAAUCAGCCCCCUGCCCACUUUCAGAGCCCUCCGACACCCUUCAUACCCUUCACCUCUACUCCGCCUUUGCCCCCUGCGCCCCCAGGCCCCUCAGCACCUGAUGCAGAGGAUGAAGAGGACUAUGAUUCCUAGCACCCUGCAUCCCACCCCGGGCCACAGACCCCUUUUAGUUGGUUUUAGUUGCUCUGGGGAGGAAAGAUGGAGUUGUUCUUAAAUUUAUUAAAAAAAAACAAAUGAAA